AUGGCGAGAAACAGUGGCAGAGAAAUUAUAGAAGUCGAAUCAGGAGACGUGCACAACCCCACAGAAGCCCACUCACUGAUUAAGAGAGCUGAGCAUCUUCCUGUAGGAGGCUUCUUGGCGGAGUGGGGUGCCUCUGGGCACUUGCUUCAGCCUAUUCAUGAAGAGAGCCCUAAAUGGCAUCGGAAGGCAGAGCUGCAGAACUUUGGGCCGGAAGAGCCUGUGUGUCUGAGUACUUGCGACCGGAAGGAGUACUCUGAGGGUGCAGAGAUCUCGAAAAGCCGUGCGGUAAGACCAGUCCAGGGCGGGUACAGGCUGGGCCUAGGUGCAGAACUGAGGAGGCGUCCGACAGAGUGGUAUUUAAAGGGACUUCGCUGUCUUCUAGUUCCGGAGAUUUGGGGUGAUGAAUUGGGUCGGGGGAUCCCGUCGAAUUUUGCAAUGACCAGAGUUUUAGUCAAGCAGGAAAGAAGAAAGCAAAAGGAAUAUUUUGAAAAGAAAAGAUUAAAAUCAAAAAUGAAGUUAUUGGGAGUUUUAUCCCCUGCCAAAAAUUCUACUGUCAGUUUAGAUCUUCUUAACCUGUACAUAGUAAAUCAGAUAUCUUGCAAGAAGGAAAUUUCUGAAACUGUGAGAAAACCAAUUCAUGUCAACCUGAAUAGAGAUAUAAAAAUGCCCUUCAGGAAGCAUGAUUUAGAACUUCCAGUGUCACCUAAUUGUGUUCCAUCUAAACUUUGCCUUGAUGAUACAGAAAGCAAUGUAUACUAUCAAAGACUAGGCAGUAAAGAAGAACUUGCUCCAGUUCAGACAUCAAAAGUCAUGGACUCUUGUAGUGUUUUUGAAUCUCAGGUCAACAAAAUAGAAAACUGCAGAUUUUCUCCACCAUCUUUUUCACCAGAAUUGUCUUCUAACAGUCAAACCAAACACAAUUUUACAACUCGAAUAGUACCUAAUCCUUGGGAAGUUGCAUAUGAAAACAAACAAAAUGAGCAGCUCAGUAAUGGUAACUAUUCCAGAUCUAUGCUUCCUAAAUUAAAUGAAAGUCAAGCAGCUCUAAAUUCAUCAUAUAAUACAGCAGAAUGUGGAACAUUAUUUGGAAGUUUAAACAGUCCAGGAAAUGGGAAUUUCCUUACUGAAAGAUCUACUGUAAUUAUGGAUGAAGAUGGCGGAAGCAGGAAUGAAAGAAGAGAGUCAGACUUCAUUACUGUAAAAGAAAUAGUACAGCCUUAUUGGGGACAAAAUGGAAAAACAAUUUUAAAUUGCCUUGAAAAUGUGAAUCAGGCAAUCCCCAGCACUCUACCAGAGAACUGUGACUCUUUUGUUAGUCAAAAUAUGAUCAAUUUAUUAAACUUAGAUCAACAGAGGAUAAAGGAAAACAAUGACAGUACAAGAGAUAUCUGUGCAGUUCCUGGUUCGAAUAGAAACUAUUCUACCAAUAGAUGUAUAAGGAAUAUUUUCACAGUUCCAGGGUUGCCUUUUAGUAAUUCUGCUUGUAAUGAAGCGAGUUAUCCUGAAAAGUGUCAACUUAACAAGAACUGCCUGAAAGAAUACAACAAUAGUGAAAGAAAUUAUAUGAGUACUUCUUUUGAGAAGCACUGUUACCCAGCCAGCUCUGAAAAAACAGGAAAUUAUGAAAAUAAUUACCAAAAGAAAAUACCACAGAAAAUAAUCCAGAAAUAUCCAACAAAUAAUAUGGGUAAUAUCUCUUUGGAAGAAUUGCAUUCUGAACAGUCAUGGAAUAUUGGACUUCAAGAGAUUCUGAUGGAAGAAAGAAAAACGUGUAUUUUAAAAGAAAGGCCAGCAUCUAAGAAAAUGUAUUUUGAUUCUUCACAGAGUAGUCAGUCUACUAAUUACUCUCCAAGACAAACAGAAAGCAGUUUCAGUUCUAGUUCAGACAUGUCAUCUGAAGAUGAAGAUCAAAUAUUGCAGAAAAGCGAAGAUUCAAAUAGAAGAUUCAUUGAAACCAAAGAACCGGCUAAUACUGCUUAUCUUAACAAAGUGACACAACUUCCAGAUGAUAGGAUUAUUAAAAACAACACCAAAAUUUCUAAACAGAAUGAGAAUUCUCACCCAUUCUCAAUGAAAAACAAUACAGAUAAGUUUUCUCAGUGUCAUUGUAACUCAGCUUACAUAUUGCAAAACAAAACCAAUAAUAGCUGCAUUUUGCACGUUGCAAAAUGUGAUGCUUGGGUACAAACAGAGAAUGAACAAGCAGUAGAAGAAAAAUUAGAUGCUGCCAUACAGUGUGAUAUAUUUUCAGAAUGUAAGUGUAGAAAUGAUGUGUCUUUUCUUAGUUAUGUUGAAGGCUGUAGUGAAAAUAUUAAGGCAGAUACCACUGGAGGGCAGGAAAUCCUUAAAAACAACUAA